UCUCCCCUCCCCCAACAGUGUACACGGAUGUUCCCCGUGGAGUACCUGUGUGUUAGUGUACUUGGAGCUGAGAGACGAGGAACUAGUUUCAGAAGAACAGUGAGGUAAAAUGCUGUGGACGUGGGACAAGACAGAGGCUGUGGUGACAUUGGGAGGGGCGAGUGCUGUGCUGGCCUCCGUCAUCCACGCUGUCUCCAGUUGCUGCUGCUGGACGCUGUUCCUCCUCCUGUGGGUGCUGUCUGCUGCUACCUACAUUGUCUCCUCAGCUCUCCAGGUGUCUCCCGAGGGUCGAGGCAUCCUGGUGACUGGCUGUGACUCUGGCUUUGGCUUAGCUCUGGCAUUCCAUCUUCACAAAUUGGGUUUCCGAGUGUUUGCCGGGUGUUUGCUGGCGGAGAGUGGUGGCACGGGCGCAGAGGAGCUCCAGAAGGUGAAGUCACGGCGCCUACAUGUCCUUCAGUUGGAUGUGACUUCGCAGAAACAGAUCGACAAGGCUGUGGCAGACGUCAAAAAAAUGCUGCCUGGUGGAGAGGUGUUGUGGGGUGUGGUGAACAACGCUGGCUGGGCUACCUACGGGGAGAUAGAGUGGGUGCCGCUCGAGACGGUGAGGCGCGCCGUGGACACCAACGUGCUGGGAGUUCUGUCUGUCACCAAGGCCUUCCUUCCGCUCAUCAGGAGAGCCAAAGGUCGGGUAGUGACCAUCUCCAGCGGACUAGCGAGGAUGGCCGUCCCUAUGAGAUCAGCUUAUGUGCUCAGCAAGUACGCAGUGGAGGGCUUCUGUGACGUCCUCAGGUACGAGAUGAGGUCGUGGGGAGUGAAGGUGUCCAUCAUAGAACCUGGGAACUACAUCGCAGGUACGAACAUCUUCACGGAGUCGUUGAUUCAGGAACACGGGAGGAAGAUGUGGGAGGCGAUGAGUGAGGAGGUGAAGGCAGACUACGGCAAGGAUCACUUCCAGGCCAGAAUAGACCUCAUGAGACAGUACUCCAAGGCUGGGAACACAGACAUCUCGCCAGUGAUCAACGCCUUCACUGAGGGACUGACACAGAAAUAUCCUCAGGCGCGGUAUUGCCCAAUGGAUCUCUACUUCAAGACUCGCCUUUUCGUCGCCACCCACCUACCGGAGUUUGUCUACGAGAAGCUCUACAUCGGUUAACUCAAGAUAUACUCACCUGUGUCAUCACCCCUCUUGAGAAAAAAAAAAUUGUGGAACCCAUUGUUUAGUUUUGUUUAGAGAGAGAGUUUUUGUAGAUCAUUGAAUUACUGUAGUGAGAUCUUAGCUACUGUAUGCAGAUUGUACUAUGGUGGGCAUACUUAAAGAUACUGUAGAACUAAAGGGAAUAGUUUCUUGCUCAAAUGUCGUCUGAGGCCCGCCC